AUGGCGGCAGCAGGGACCUGCGGCACCGGCACCCGGAGUACUGGGUCUGUGGUGGCGGCGGCCAGCACGAACAACGUCACUAGCUUCCAGCGCAGGGGUCCCAGAGCUAGCGGUGCCGACAGUGGCUGCUCUCGACUGGUGUCCAUCGCGGGGACACGGCCGUCGGUGCGGAAUGGACAGCUGCUGGUAUCAACCGGGCUGCCAGCCCUGGACCAGCUCCUAGGUGGAGGUUUGGCCGUUGGAACAGUUCUUCUAAUUGAAGAGGAUAAAUACAACAUUUAUUCUCCUUUGCUCUUCAAGUAUUUCCUGGCAGAAGGAAUUGUCAGUGGCCAUGCUUUGUUGGUUGCAUCUGCAAAAGAAGACCCUGCUGACAUUUUACAGAAACUUCCUGCACCAUUAAUUGAUGAUAGCUAUAAAAAAGAAUGUGAUGAAGAUGUAUGCAGUCAUAAAACAGAAUCUGACAUUAAGAUGAAAAUUGCUUGGCGUUACCAGUUAUUACCCAAGAUGGAGGCUGGACCAGUAUCAUCUUCAAGAUUUGGUCACUAUUAUGAUAUAUCAAAAAGGAUACCACAAGAACUCAUUGAGACCUCAAAGUGGCAUGGAUUUUUUCUCCCAGAAAAAAUAUCAUCAACUUUUAAUGCAGAACCCUGUUCUUUGACCUCUGGCUACAUGAAGCUGCUCCAGUUUAUCCAGAACAUUAUUUAUGAAGAAGGAUUUGAUGGAUCCAAUCCCCAGAAAAAACAGAAAAACAUUUUAAGAAUAGGAAUCCAGAAUCUUGGUUCACCUUUGUGGGGAGAUGAUAUUUGCUGUACAGAAAACUGUGACACAAGUCAUAGCCUCACAAAGUUCCUCUAUAUACUCCGUGGACUUCUGCGAUCCUCUCUUUCAGCCUGUAUCAUUACAAUGCCAACACACCUUAUCCAGAAUAAAGCAGUUAUUGCUCGUGUUACAAACUUGUCAGAUACAGUAGUUGGUCUGGAAUCAUUUAUUGGUUCUGAGAAAGAAACCAACCCAUUAUAUAAGGAUUAUCAUGGUCUUAUUCAUAUACGGCAGAUUCCUCGACUUAAUAACUUGAUUUAUGAUAUAUCAGAUGUCAAAGACUUAGCUUUUAAAUUAAAAAAGAAGCUGUUCACCAUUGAGCGACUGCACUUGCCUCCAGACUUGUCAGACACUGUGAGCCGCUCAAGCAAACAGGAUCUGGCAGAAUCCGCCAAGCUGCUGGGUCCAGGCUGUGGCAUGACGGCCGGAGGCAAGACGCACCUGGACUUCUAG